CGAGUACGCAUGCGUGAAGGGGAAUGCUCCAGUUUAUUGCUACAACACGACCAAACCGGAGUAUAAAUGCAUCAAUUUCGGAGCCUCUAUUUAAGCACACUGGAAAAAGUCUUCAGCAGAGUAUCUACAAGAUUGAAGAGCACAGAAAGAAGACCUUCGCCUCCGUUGGGUUCAAGAAUUCUCACCAAUCCUGAUGACAUCUUUAAGCACAAUAUGUGGGAUCAUGUGCAGUGGACAGACGAGGACAAAGAAAACGCACUGUUAAAAGCUGUUGAAAACUCCAAAGUGCACAUUCCGUUAAGGGAACAAGGCAAAUUUGAUACAGAAGCUUGCCACUACUGGGAUAAGUUUUAUGAGCAACACAAGGAUAAAUUCUUCAAAGAUCGCAAGUGGCUGCUUCUGGAAUUCCCAGAACUGCUUCCGUCAGAUUCAAAAAGCCAAGCCGGAAAUAGCGAGAGCAGCAGCUUCAACAGGGAGGUGGAUUGCAGACGUCAGCAACAGAGCAGCUACACACUCUUUGACUGUACCUCAAGACAUCAGCACCAAUGUCAAGAUGCAGAACUGGAAACAAAUGAAGCAGCCAUGUGGGUUUCUGACCCUGGACAAGACGCCUCUUUCAGGAUAUUGGAGGUUGGGUGUGGAGUUGGCAACAGUGUAUUUCCUAUUAUUAAUAACAUCAAGGAAAACGAUGCAUUUUUAUACUGUUGUGACUUCUCUCCGUGUGCUAUUCAACUGUUGAAGAGCCAUCCCGACUAUGACCACUCUUUGUGCCAUGCGUUUGUGCAUGAUAUUUGUGAGGAAGAGGGCUCUCUUCCCUUUCCUCCACAGAGUCUGGAUGUUAUUCUUGCAGUUUUUGUGCUCUCCUCCAUUCAUCCAGACAGGAUGCAAGGAGUUGUCAACAACCUAUCCUCCUACCUGAAAUUUGGAGGGACUUUCCUCUUUCGUGAUUAUGGGAGAUAUGACUUCUCACAACUCCGGUUUAAGAAGGGUCGGUGCUUGUCAGACAAUUUCUAUGCGCGAGGAGAUGGCACGUGUGUUUAUUUUUUUACAAAAGAUGAAGUUCAUAAUUUAUUUUCCAAUGCUGGAUUGGAGGAAAGUUCAGAAUCUUGAAGAUCGACGACUUCAAGUUAACAGAGGGAAAAAAGUGUCAAUGCACCGAUGGGUUCGCCCCUAAUCGCGACUAGUAAUUCCACCGCCGGCGGGUGAGGAAAUGCAUCGGCGUCGAGGCGUCAUCUCCACGGGG